UAAAAUAAAGUAGGAAAAAAUUGCUUUCCUACAUGUGCUCAGGUUUUUAUUGAUAUCUACAUAUAUUUGAUAUUUCUGUAAUAUAAUUGAUUUUUACACAUUUUCAUUCCGUUUUCAGUAAGUAACAUUCAUUCAUUUCGUCGAAGUGUACGCACGUACUUUAUUUUAUACUCAGCUCAGCGUUAAUGCAUACAUUGUACGCCGUUGUGCGCCUAGCCCCGCCCAUCUCUAUCAUGGCGGACAUUCUGCUACAUAGCGUACUACACUCUUUUAAAUGCAUUUGCGGAUAAUGCACAGUCUCACUUGUCUAGCGUCUUAGACUGGAAAGGCUGGUAGCGGCUGGAGGAGGAGCGUCCAAAGUCUUUCGUCGGCUGCAAACCUUUAAAUUGUACACAGUAACUGGCAGACGUGCCGUUUGUCGUGUUUAGCUGUCCAGUCAGUCUCGGUCAUGUCCGCCGGUGUCGAGUCCAGAAUAGUAAUAGUAGGAUGUGGGAUAUCAGGGAUAGCAGCAGCACAUAAACUCAUCAAAGCAGGUUUUAAUCACGUGAGGAUACUCGAAGCUACAGCUAGAAGUGGAGGAAGGAUAAAAACGGGCAAAUUUGGUGAUAACAUAAUAGAGAUCGGUGCAAACUGGAUCCAUGGGCCAUCCGAGGGCAACCCAGUGUUUUGUUUGGCGCGACAAUAUGGACUGCUAGAUCCAGAGGCCCUCAAGCCGGAGAACCAGGCCGUGGACAUCGGAGGACAUCCUCCCUGGAUCGCCAAUGUCUUUACCAGCUCAGGUCGCAAAUUGAGCAUUGAAGAUGUGUAUCCUGCUCAGCAGAUGUUUGCUGAGCUGCUGGUCGAGUGCUCAGCGUUUCAUGAGAGAGGAGGAGAACCAUGGCCCAGUGUGGGUCAAUUCAUUCGUACAGAGGUGCUACGAAGAGCAGCUGAGAAGUGGAAAGUAGCCGAUGCAGCCACAAGAUCUUUGCAACUGUGCAUGAUCAGCACCAUGCUGAAGGUGGAGUGUAGCAUUAAUGGAACUUACAGCAUGGAUGACGUCGGCUUGGGUGGUUAUGGCAUCUAUAAAUGUCUGCCGGGACUUGACUGCACCUUACCAGGUGGCUAUGAAGGUCUGCUGAGAAAACUGAUGUCAGAGCUCCCUGCUGAUGUGGUGACCUACAAUCAGCCAGUUCGCUGCAUCCACUGGAACAACACAGAGAAGCCAGACACACACGUGACCAUUGAGUGCCAAGACGGGAAGAGAGUGGCUGCCGAUCAUGUGAUCAUGACGGUUCCUUUAGGCCACUUAAAGAAGCACUAUUCCACUCUGUUCCAUCCUCCUCUUCCUCUACACAAGAUGCACUCUAUCCAGAGGUUCGGCUUUGGCACCAUUAAUAAAAUAUUUGUGGAGUUUGAUUCGCCAUGGUGGGAUAAGGACUGCGAGGUCAUCUUCCUGGUGUGGGAAGAUGAGGAUGCCAUUGUGGACAAGGUGCAGGAUGUUCCAGGAUCUUGGAUAAAGAAAUUGUUUGGCUUCACUGUGGUAAAACCCACUGACAGGCACAGCCAUGUUUUAUGUGGCUGGAUCGCUGGGCAUGAGUCAGAGUACAUGGAGACUUUACCUGAGCAGGAGGUCCUGCACGCCAUCACUCAACUCAUCCGCAUGUUUACAGGCAACCCCAUCAUCACUCCCCGGAGAGUCUUGCGCUCUCAGUGGUUGAACAACCCCUGGACAUGCGGAUCGUACAGUUACCCUUCAAAAGGUUGCUCAUUGCAAGACUUGGAGAACAUGAUGGAGCCUCUACCUUCAAAGCCAUCACUGUCACAACCCCUGCAGGUGUUGUUUGCUGGAGAGGCGAGUCAUCCCAGCUACUUCUCCACCGUCCAUGGAGCUCUUCUCACUGGCUGGAGGGAAGCUGACAGGCUCAUCUCUCACUACUCCUCCAGUCAUCUACCAAAGCCUAAAUCAAAGCUUUAAAAGAAUAACGCUGCUCAGAUUAAUCAGACACAGUUUACAGUUGAAGCCUGCAAGAUGUCCCGUGAAUGUAACCAUACUGAUGAUGUAACUGAUCCAGAUUAUCACGGUCUGUUUUUGUUAAGCAACAAGCUUUAUAACCUUUUCCACACUGAUAGAUCUCAAUUAAUCUCAGUUAAGUUUUAACGG